AAACAAUUACGGUUAUGAUUAAUUCAUAAUAAUAUUAGCAACGAACGUGACGGAUUGUCACCCUUCUGGCACUCCUUUGUUCCUUCCCUAUCGUUACAAUGAAAACAGGAGUGAUCAAAUACACCGUGUGAAGUGUCUGUGAAAAUGUUCAUCAAAACAUUUUAUAUCACGCUGUCAAUUGGAUUUUUCAUUGUGAAAGUGUGCGUUGGACAAACUCAGCAAAUUCAACAAACACAGCAAAUCCAACAAACUCAGCAAAUUCAACAAACUCAGCAAGACAAAAUUCACCAGCCUAAAAACUUCACAGUGUAUUACAUUCUCACAAUGGAGAAUAAUCACACGCAAUGCACUCAAGACGGGAAUCAAAUCAAAAACAUCGCCGCAGAAGUUGGAAGCGUCAUCACAAUUGGAAUAAAAAAAUCGCUACAUCGUGUAAACGGUUACAGUUGCACUGUGGGCACCAGCGAAAAGCAAAGAAGUAAUUUAAACGCUACAGAUUUUCCUAGUCCAGAUAUUUUAAUAGACAGUACUGAUAUGAAUGGAGACUGGAUUUGUAUAUUUUACACCCUGAAGGAUACUCCAGACAUGAAGAAUCAAGUUACUAGAGACGGUCAUUCUUAUACUGAAACCGUGUGCCGUCUUCAUGUCACUAUUAAUGAAGUACCAGGGAAAAAUACCACCGCUAAUCUCGACCCAAAUUUAUUGAUUUACAUAGGGAUCGGCGGUAUAUGUUUAUUCACUGUCAUUAUUGUGCAAAUGGGAGUAAUUAUCUACUUCAAACUAAGAGCUCAAAGAAUUACGAGGUUGGAGUCAUUAUCACUCAGAGUACGGAAUCCUGAAAAUAACGAUAACAAACGAUACAGCACAACGCCCAAUCGUAAAAACAGAAUAACCCAAUUCUUUUCGAAGAAUUAUAGAGAGGAAAGCAGAAUUUACGAGACCUUAGAAGAAUUGCAGAACAAUUCAACAAUCUCUCCUCCGACUCCACCCAUAGAAAACAUACCAACUUUAAAAAGAAAGAAAGCCGAAAUUAAUAUGAAGAAAAGGCCUCCAGCACCAUUGCCAGAGCCACAGCCACAGCAGGAUUUAUCAGAUGAUGAAUCUACUAUUGCUCUACGGGAGAUGGUUCGUCAGCAGUGCGCAGUUAAAAAAGAAAGCCCUCAUUUAAUGGAAGAGACAAUACGUCCAGAGCCUUACAUCAAUAAACCUAAUCUACUGGCUCAAGAAGCGACGUUGAAAGCAUCCAGGGCUCCACCUCCUCAUCCAAAAGCUACGGUGGCUAAAAAACUGGUCCCGACGCCUCCAGGAAAAAUAAACAAGAUGGCACAAGGAUCGUCAAUUGUUGCUUCGGAGUUAGACACCAUCUUCAAGAAAAAACAAAAGACUGCCGCUGCCCCAUUUCCUGUCAAUCAAAUCCCGCCUUCUGCUAAGCCCGUACCGGAAAAUCUUAUCCAGAAAAAGGGAAAACAAGCGCCUCCGCCGCCGACUGCCUUAAAAUCGGUUCCUGGGCCUCAGAAACUACCUAAGCCGGACUCUACUCUUACAGUAAAACAAAAGACACAAUUACUAAAUCAACAUGCAAUGUCACCCCAAGCUCCAGCACCGCUUGCUCCCGGGCCGCUUACAAAAGUUCCUGUAAGGCCGACCCCACAACUGCCGCCGAUUCAACAAGCCCCAUCAGGAAAGGCGCCUCGACCCCCACCAGGUGUACCAGAAUCAGUAUAUGAAGAAUAUGAAGAGGCAGUUUACAACGGAGAUGAGUGGACGUACGAACAACUGCCGCAGUCAUCGGAGUACAACCUGUAUUCUAUAUAAGAGUGAAAAUUAAGUGUCAAAACUUCGUUGCCUCAUUCGGUUAGGUGUAGAAUGACAAAAUAUUACGUGCCAAAACUUCGGGGCUCGUUGGGUUAGGGCAGGGAUGGGCGAACUUUUUUCUUAUAGUGCUAAUCUUUAUCGAACUAUCAGAAUCUAUGACGGGCCAAGUUUUAAUCAGGCCUCUUACGAUUUGCACCCCAAGAAACUUGCAAAUCAAAUAAAAAUAAGGGACAGUAAAAAAUGCCCGCACACUGCAGCUUAGCAGCAAAUACUACUAAAAAAUUUGCUGAAGAAGUAAAUAAGUAGGUACCAGGGGGCCAUUCGCCUAACGGAAAUGCUUUGGAAAACGCUAUCGCUUACGAUUUCAUUUUGUUAUUUCUAGCCGCCUGAGGUUUUUAAAAUGCCUCGCGCUCUUUUUUUUUUCUUUUGCAUUGGUAAUACGAUAUU